CUCUAUUGUAUCAUACUGGUGUGGUAUCAGGCGCGGGCAAUAGCUGAAUACAAGAAUCAAGGUCCUGAUUUACUUCUACUAUCGGCCGUUUCCCCCCUCAGUGACCAUGGAGAACGAUACCGAUAACCAACCUACGUUCAGUGCUGUGUCUAGCACGGCAAGAACACUUUAUCAACUACUAAGAUGUAUUUCAUUCGCAAGCAAAGCCCAGGUCCGACUAUCUGAAGCUGGUAUGCGCUUUGGUGUAGAAGACAGUAGUGUCAUGGAAGGUCAUGCGUUCCUCGGAAAAGAUCUCUUUACGACCUACCAGUACAAUGCUCCUCCACCAUCGCAACAUUCGAAUACACUCAAAAGCGACGAUAACGACCAACUCGACGAGCCUACUUCUCCAAUCUUCGAGAUAUCCCUUCCUUCGCUCCUCGAGACUCUCCAAAUUUUUGGCCUUGCCGACCUGACGAGCACACGCACCAACCCCUGGUCGCGCGCCCCAGACAUAAAUCAAGCUUUCGAUAAUCGCGUUCUAGGCCUUACUGGCAUCUGUAAACUACGCUACGCUCGACCUGGUGCACCGCUCAGCAUUGUGCUUGAGGAGAGCGGCAUCACGACGACCUGUGAUCUCGUCACAUACGAGCCUACUGUCACAGAGGACAUUCCAUUCGCACGAGACGCGCUAAUGCUGAAGAUUGUCAUGCGUGCUAGCUGGUUGUACGAUGCUCUGUUAGAACUCAGUGCAACAAAUCCCGAGACAUUGACCCUAACAGCAAGUCCAGUGGCGCCAUACUUUGCACUUUCAGCCGCUGGCCCGCUUGGUAGUGCGACAGUUGAGUUCUCGUCUCGCGAGCAAGGACUAUUGGAAACAUUCAUGGUUUCGCCAGCCAUAAGUGGGAAGAGAGGCAAGGUCGUCAACAGCUAUAAGUUCAGCCUUAUCAAAGCUGCGCAACGAGCCAUGGCUGCGGCAACCAAGGUUAGUAUUCGUGGGGAUCAUCAGGGCGUGUUGAACCUUCAAUUCAUGAUCGAGGUAGACACGGAAAAAGAGAAGAUCAGUUUUAUCGACUUCGUGUUCGUGCCACUUGCCGAAGACGGUGAUGAAGAAGGCACAGAGGAUGAAGAAGAAGAUGACGUGGGAGACGGCAGGAAUAAUGCAGAUGGGGGCGUAGUGAAUACCGAUGACGAUGAGGAAUAACACUCGUCGAUGGAGACCUCAAGCGUGACCUGCCCGGUUGUAAUUAUAAACAAUCACCCGUUUUGGACGGUCUGACAGCUCCUUCCUAA